AGGAAAUUGAUAGCUGCCAUUCAAGAAAAAGGGGAACGGAGAGGCGGUAGGCGAGAUUCGUCUCGAUUGGAAAGGGAUCAGUGCACUAUAUGCAGGGGCUUUGGUCAUUGGAAAAGGGAAUGUCCUAGAAACAGGGAAGGGGGUCGGAAAACCUCGGCGAACGUGAAGAUAGCCAAUGUAAUAGAAGACUGACGGGAACCUGGGGAAUCUACCCUAGCGGAUCCACUGGUUAUAAUUAAGCUAGGGGAAAAGCAGCAGCAAGUGGAGUUUUUGAUAGAUACAGGAGCAACAUAUUCGGUUUUGAAUCAAGCCUUAAUGCCUUUAGGAGAUGAUUACGUUGUAGUACAGGGAGCAACUGGCCAAAGUGAAAAGGCGUAUUUUUGCGAACCUUUAAAGUAUAAAUUGGGAAAGCAAUGGGGUAUCCACAAGUUCUUAUAUAUGCCCAACUCCCCAAAGGCACUUUUGGGGAGAGAUUUGUUGGAACAAUUAGGAGCAAAGAUCACGUUUGAAAAAGGGGAAAUUACUCUGGAGGUAAAGGAUCGGCAAUAUACACAGGCAUUAAGUCUAGUCCUAACCAGUCUCCCCUCAGAAGGGAAAAUUGAUGAGGAAAUUCUGAACCAAGUGUAUCCAGGAGUCUGGGCUACUGAUGUGUCUGGAAGAGGGAAAAAUGCUCCACCUGUUGAAGUUAAGAUAAAGGAAGGUCAACGACCGGUGAGAAUUAAACAAUAUCCUCUAAAGAAAGAGGACAGGGAAGGAAUCCGACCGGUGAUAGAAAAAUUUUUGCAGCUAGGACUAUUAAAGGAAUGUGAGUCUGAAUUCAACACUCCUAUAUUACCUAUUCGGAAGUCCGAUGGGUCAUAUAGGGUGGUUCAAGACUUGCGCGCAGUGAACAGGAUUACUGAGGAUCUCUACCCAGCCGUGGCAAACCCGUAUACCCUACUGACUGCAUUGGCACCUGAAUUAAUCUGGUUUACUGUUCUAGAUUUAAAGGAUGCUUUCUUUUGCCUCCCUCUCCACGAAGCCAGUCAAAAGUUGUUUGCAUUCGAGUGGGAAAAUCCUAAAAGUGGUCGAAGGACCCAGCUCACUUGGACGGUGUUGCCGCAAGGAUUUAAGAAUAGUCCUACCAUUUUCAGCAAUCAGCUUGCGAGAGACCUGGAAUCAUGGGAAGCCCCGUCCGAGAAAGGAAAAUUGUUACAGUACGUAGAUGAUAUCCUGAUCGCUACCAACACAGAGGAAGAUUGUAUGGCGUGGACGGUGAGUCUGUUGAAUUUCUUAGGGCUUCAAGGAUAUAGGGUGUCCAAGAAGAAGGCCCAGGUAAUGCAGCGUAAAGUGAAUUAUUUGGGCUAUGAGAUCAGUGCGGGACAGAGAACUUUGGGGCAGGCCCGCAAAGAGGUGAUAUAUCAAACUAAAAAACCCCAGACGGUAAAGGAAUUGUGAACCUUUCUGGGAAUGACAGGGUGGUGUCGAUUGUGGAUCUACAAUUAUGGACUGCUUGUUAAACCAUUAUAUGCGCUGACAGCGACUGAGCAGGAACACCUCGAAUGGAAUAAAGAGGCUGAACAAGCUUUUGAACAACUAAAGAAGGCCCUGAUGUCAGCCCCGGCCUUAGGACUCCCGGAUGUGGCUUCUUUUCUCAGCGGAAACACAGGAGAACCAGUGCAUCAUGACUGCUUAGAAACUAUUGAAGCGACAUACGCAAGUCGCCCAGACUUAAAGGAUAGCCCCAUAGAAAACGGAGAAAACUGGUUCACAGACGGGAGCAGCUAUGUCCUGAAUGGCAAUCGUCACACAGGAUACGCCAUCACCACCAGUCAAGAGGUAAUAGAGUCAGGACCUUUGCCCAUGAACACCUCCGCACAAAAGGCAGAAAUAAUUGCCCUAACUCGAGCCCUGGAGUUGGCUCAGAGCAAAACUGUAAACAUUUACACAGACUCAAAAUAUGCCUUUGGAGUUGUACACGCACAUGGAGCAAUUUGGAAAGAAGGAGGCACACCAGAAAGUGAGCUCAGAUUUGGAAAAAGGAAUGAACUGGCGGACAGAGAGGCAAAACAGGUGGCCAAAACGAAAAUAAAAGUAGCAGGGGCUUUAAUCCCCGAUAGGCAUAUUUCCCUACAAGAUAAACCAAAAUACACUAGGGAAGAUCAGAAACUUAUUUCAGACUUAGAAGGGUCAUAUAAUGAAGAGGGAUGGGCUUAUACCCCACAGGGAAGAUUAAUUGUCCCCUCAUAUUUACUGUGGCAUUUAAUACGGGAAGAACAUAGGAAGAGACAUUGGGGAAUGGAGGCUCUGUAUAAGCAUCUGAUAAAAGAUAUUGUGGCUAGAAACUUAUAUACCACAGUGAGACAGGUGACUCAACAGUGUGACCUUUGCCUCCAGACUAAUCCAAAGAAUACUCCCAAACUAGAAAUGGGCCAGAUUGGAAAGGGUAAUGGGCCUGGACAACAAUGGCAGGUUGAUUUCACGGAACUUCCAAGAAAAGGGGGGUACCGAUAUUUGCUGGUAUUAACUGAUACCUUUUCAGGUUGGCCGGAAGCGUUCCCAACCAGAACUGCCAAGGCUCGGGAGGUAACUAAAAUACUAAUACAAGAAAUAAUACCGCGUUUUGGGGUUCCAGCAACCAUAUCCUCUGACAGAGGACCACACUUUGUUUCAAAAAUAGUGCAACAAACCAGCCACCAUUUAGGUAUAGAUUGGCAACUUCACACCCCAUAUCGCCCUCAGUCGAGUGGCCAAGUGGAGAAAAUGACACUUAAACAGCAAAUUGUAAAGUUGGGACAAGAAGCAAACUUGCCAUGUCCUCAGUCUCUCCCUUUAGCCCUUUUGCGUAUACGGACAAGACCGAGGGCGAGGGAAGGACCGAGCCCUUUUGAAAUUCUGUAUGGACGCCCCUAUGGAAUACAAAAGGGGACAUCAAUGCAAAUUGGGGAUGAAAUUAUGACUUCCUAUAUGGUGGCAUUGAGCAAGCAGCUCAAUAAAAUUGGAAAACAUGUAAUUGGGACCCGAGGAAGGGGUCUGGAUGGGCCUGUACAUGAUACCCAACCUGGAGAUUAUGUAUAUGUAAAGUCUCUUGCAGAGAAAACCUUGAAACCACAGUGGGAAGGACCAUACCAAGUACUCCUCACCUCCUUCACAGCAAUCAAAAUUAAAGAACAGAAUGCCUGGAUUCAUCAUACCCGUGUGAAGAAGUCGCCACAAAAGCUUUGGACAUCAGAAAUUCAAGGGCCUUUAAAGCUCAAGCUAAAAAGAUAGGAUGUGGGUUAAAUUUAACAUGAUUCUGAUAAUUUCACAGGUGAUAGAUGUUGCAGAAUGGCUGUGUGAUCAUGGCCUUGACUCCCUUAAAGAUCUUUGUGAAACAAAGUUAGUGUAAGUUAGCUGAAGCAGGCCUUGCAGCUAUGCUGAGGCAUGCUGAGAAGGAAGCUGAGAAAAACACUGACCUUGUGCCUAAUGUUGUAAAUAACUUUGAGGAAUUCACGUAGACAAGAGAGGAAAAGAAAAUAUGUAGCUAGCUAUCCGCAGAAACCGCAAGUAGGAGGACGUAUGAAAAUGUAACCCUUUAGAGCUUAGCCAAUCAGCAGAUGACUAGUAGGCAUAAUUAACUGGAACUGUAUAUAAGACAUAAUCGCGCCGUAAUAAAUCGAAGCUUGCUUUAUCACUCAUAUUGAGUCGGCUGCGUGCUUCCCCUCGCUCGUCGCAAGUGGCGCCCGAACAAGGGACCCCUAACCUUGUUAUUCACCGGACAGCGAGGACGGAGAAGCACUGGUAGCAGCGACCAGAGAGCAGAAGAUCGGCUGAUGCUGGCAUCGUACCCGAUCCGUGCUUGAGCCCAGGAUAAUUCAAGAAGGGGUUCGCCGUCCAUGAGCUGCUACCCAAGGGAAAAGGCUGCAACAAAGAGGACUUUAACGAGUGCACAAUGGAAAAAGAGGUAGCGCUAGCACUUUUACAAUGCUUUUUAGAAAAGCGGGGAGUAGGCCCUUUAAAAGAUCUGGCCGGGUUAAUUGCAUUAGGUAAAGCAAAAGGAUAUUUUGCAGAUCCUGAGCAUAUGUUUGAAGUAGAAGAAUGGCGUAAUUAUGGGGAUUGUUUAUGGGAUUUAGUAAUAGAUGAUGGUAAGGCAGCAAAAAAAUUGAUGAAAUCAUGGCAUGAAGUAACUAAUUGUAUAAAAAGAUAUCAAGCAGAAAAGUGCCUUGCUGCAGCAGUAACAAGCCGACUUGCAAGCGCAGAUCCUAAUGCAGAAAAAAUUAUGCCAUGUGAAAAUCACAUCCCAAUACCCCCUUUAUCACAAACAGUGCUCUCUGUACCACCUAUAGACCCUUCGUUUCCUCCGCCCCCCCCUCCGGCACAGUAGCCUCGGGGGGGCCAGAGGGCGGGGACACAUUGGAUGAAAGUGCUGCUGAGGAAGAAAAUAGCAGUGGGCAGUCAAUACAAAAUUCAAAAAAAAAAAGGAACAAAAAAUACAGUAAACAAACUGGUGCGUUCUACGUGCAUUAAUUGGCAAAAAAUAGCACAAGAAGCAGCUGCUCAGGGAAUAUUUGAUAUUGCUGAGCAAGUCAACCCCCCACAAGCUUUCCCUGUAACGUAUCAGAUGAAUGCCGCUAACCAAAGACAGGGAACCUGGGAGGCUUUGAUUGGAAAAUAUUAAGUCAGUUACGUAGUACGGUGAAUGAGUCGGGCCUCCACAGUGAGCCCACCAGAUAUACCUAACUUUAUGAAAGGGCCGUUAUUGUGCCAGUGUAUUCUGGAGAAUAGUAACAGUUACACCAAAGACAUUUUAGUAACCCUGCCCUUAGAUUCUUCUGUAGAAACAAUGCUAGAGCGAAUGAGUUGGGUGCCAGUAGGUCAGCAAGCCUUGCUAGUGGAAGCAAUCCAAGCAGUAGGGAGAGAUUUAGUGCAAGCCCAAAGUCAGGCUUUUGCAGCGCUUGCGCCUCUGCGCCCCCCUGGGGCUACCGCGCCCCCAAAGCCAGCGACCACCACGUGCCGAGACUUCCCCUGCUAUCGAUGCGGGAAGCCAGGACAUACCCGUGACCAAUGUCGACAACGUCAAGUGUGGUGCCAAAAUUGUCAGCGAGGGACCCACAGUACCAAUGUCUGUCGGCAGACGGGAAACGGGAAACCGAGCGCGAGGAGCCGCAGCGCGUCAACCCUAAUCGCGACUCCUGUCACCUUCACGACACCCCCUCCAGGAGACAUGACCAACUCUUAUCGGCAGACACCGUGUUACAACCCGCCACCCGAAGGAGCCUCGGCCUGGACCUGGCAACAGCAGUAGAUACAACAUUAAUUGACAACCGACCACAAAACAUCGCAACUCGUGUCCGAGGACCUCUGAUAAUAAAUGGGCAAAGCUAUGGUGCUCUAUUAUUAGGGCGGUCUUCUGGUAGUUUGAAAGGGCUGUUGUAAAGUGUGUUGCUUAUAGUAAUAAUUGUUAUCAUUGCACUCGUAUGUUUAAGCUGUGCUCUCUCUUGUAUUCAGAAAUUACUCGAGCGUGUAGCUGCACAAGUUUUGCUUGCGCAAAGAGAAAAAGGGGGAAAUGUUGCAGAAUGGCUGUGUGAUCAUGGCCAUGACUCCCUUAAAGAUCUUUGUGAAACAAAGUUAGCGCAAGUUAGCUGAAGCAGGCCUUGCAGCUAUGCUGAGGCAUGCUGAUAAGGAAGCUGAGAAAAGCACUGACCUUGUGCCUAAUGUUGUAAAUAACUUUGAGGAAUUCGCGUAGGCAAGAGAGGAAAAAAAAAAAAAUGUAGCUAGCUAUCCGCAGAAACCGCAAGUAGGAGGACAUAUGAAAAUGUAACCCUUUAGAGCUUAGCCAAUCAGCAGAUGACUAGUAGGCAUAAUUAACUGGAACUGUAUAUAAGACAUAAUCGUGCCGUAAUAAAUCAAAGCUUGCUUUAUCACUCAAUAUGAGUCGGCUGCGUGCUUCCCCUCGCUCGUCGCAGAUAGACACAGCGGCCUGGCGAGAGAACUGGUAUGUACAGGCGAUUCAAAACAUCACCAAAAUUUUAAAUAAAACAGAUUGUUGGAUCUGUACCCAAAUGACAAGACACUCUGGUUAUGAGAUACCGUUAAUAGGCAUCCCACUGCCAGUUUCCCUGACGAACCGCCAAGACUGCUCCUUUUGGGGAAAUACAAUCUGGAGCACAGACCCUCAGGUUAAGUGGGGACGAGAAUUAAAAAUAACUGUUGAAGAGACCAGCACAUUGGGGGAUAACUGCCUGGUAAGUUCGGGAAAAGGGCUGUUUAUGGGAGAGCACCCAAAUUGUAACAGAAGUCAUACUUUAAAUAUGACAGGUAGAGAUUUGGGAUUUUUGAAAUUGAACUAUACCGGUCUCCCGACCCCACAAGGGACAGGGUGGUAUUGGCUGUGUGGCACAAUGGCUCAUAAAGUCUUGCCCAUAGGCUGGCGGGGAGCAUGCACUCUGGGAGGUUUGGUCCCCAAUAUUACUAUCAUUGACGGGUUAACACGACCCCCCAUAAGAAAAAAACGGAACAUUGUAAAUAACCCCCUCAUAGACAGACCAACGAGUUUCCACAAUUUUGCGCGAUGGUUCAUUCUGUUUUUAGGGGUUAGUGAGUUGGAAAAGGCAAUAAUAAACGUCUCGGCUGUAAUAGAAACAGUGGAAAAUAGGACAGUUGAUGCCCUCCUGGCACUCCAGGAGGAAGUUACUGACUUAUCGAAAAUAGUGUCACAGAAUCGUAUGGCUUUAGAUUUGCUAUUAGCCUCCCAAGGGGGGGUAUGCACUGUGAUCAAUGUAGAUUGUUGCAUGUAUGCAGAUCACAGCGGGCGAAUCACCGAGGACCUUCAAGAAAUUAGGAAACAAGUAAAUAUUCCACAUAAAGUGACACAAGAUAACACUUCUUGGGGCUUUUCUGAAUUAUGGGAGAAAUUGACAUUCUGGUUGCCCAAUCUAACAUGGUUAAAACAAUUGUUUGUAAUGAUCAUUGUAAUUGUCUUUCUAUUUUUAAUUAUUAGUAUAGCUAUCCGUUGUGGAUUUUGGUGUCUUAAGGGAACUGGAAAUUCCUAUAGCGAAUGGAAGAGAAAUCAACUGCGACAAAAAUUAGAAUCUAAUCAAUACUUUGAGUCUGAGUAAAAGAAUUUACUAAUUUCUUUGAAAAGGGGGGAACUGAGAGAGAGGGGGGUUAAGAGAUAGGGUAAAGUUUAACGAUUAUGAUAGUCUGCUUAGCUGUUUGCCAAAUCUUACGUGGUUUGCUUGGGUGCUGUGAUAAGGUAUACGGGAGUAGAGAGCUUUAUGACCAUAUAAGUCCAAAGAACAAUUACAACCUUGCAAGAACAAGCCAAAGCCGGUUCUGCGGUUUGGACAAAGACCAGGACGUUACUGAGCCUGCGCCAGAUGUGGGGGCAACUAGCGGUCACGAGGAAGACUCGCCUGCCUUCAUCCUCAGGACCCCUGACGACCACCACCAGGAGACACUGCGCAGACUCAGUCGAGAGAAAAAUAUGGAAAUGACUCACAGAACUAAUUUUAAUAUGAAGCGGGGAUAGGUAAUGCAUAUGUAUAGGCGUAUUGCAACAUAUUAUGAAUAUGUAAUGAGUUGCCUUAUAAAAUAGAGCAAGUUUUCGCGUCAGGCGCGCACGGUUUUUGGCGGGAUUACCCCCCGUGCUGCCCAGCGCUGAAUAAACAUACCUACUUUACAAUCU